CCUACCGUGCAUAGAGUAACUUAUCUACCGUGACUCCGGUUUGGGACCGUUUCAAAGUUUCUCGUCAAGCUGAAGGGAUCCAAUACGUCGGACCAGAUGGCGUCGCCUCAAACACGACGUCGUUUAAACCUCAUCCGCUCGCAAGACAACAACCAUAAAUGUUUUGAGUGCGACACUUCGAACCCCCAAUGGGUGUCGGUGACGUAUGGGAUAUGGAUUUGCCUGGAGUGCUCGGGCGUGCACCGCAGCCUCGGCGUGCACAUAUCCUUCGUACGAUCUGUCACCAUGGACAAGUGGAAGGAAAACGAGAUUGAGAAAAUGCAAGUCGGCGGCAACGCCCGUCUGAAGGAGUGGUUCGACAGCCAGCCCGACGUGACUCCAGGGAUGACCAUCGCGCAGAAAUACAACACGAAGGCCGCGGCCAUGUACCGCCAGAAGAUUACCGCGCUCUCGGAGGGCCGCGAGUGGAGCCCCUCGGACUACCAGCCGGCCCGGCCGGCGCCCGAGCCGCAGCGCUGCGCCGCCUCCAAGGACUUCUACUCCAACGGCCAGGAGUUCCACAACAGCGGCUCAGACAACAACAUCAGCUAUCACAGCGAGUGCGGAAGCGGUCGCUACACGGGCUUCGGCAACCAGCAGCGGACGCGGUCAACCCCCCUGUCGCCCACGCACACCGGCAACGAAGUCGUGGACAACAGUCUUGCUGCCCUGGCUUCGGGAUGGUCACUGUUCGCGUCGACGGUGUCAAAAUGCGCGCGCACCGCAACUGAGUCGGCCGUCCGCUAUGGCGGCAUGGCCUCGCAGCGGGUCUCCGAGAUGGCCACCACCGUCACUGAGAAGGUGAACAACCGCGGUGGCUGGAGCUCGCUCGGCGGCACAACUGACACCCGGCGGGGCUCCUCCGCCGGCUCCAACCAGCUGUACCAGUCCCAGUCAUACGGGGCCAUGCGGAGCUCCACCUCCGAGCCCUACUCGCAGUGGAACGAGCAAGUCCAGCCAUCAGUGGCGGCCCGUAACAACCUGGACACCCGUGACCUUUCGCAAGUGGGCGUGUCCAGCCCGCCCCCCGACAUCAAGGACCUCGAGAUACGCAAGCAGGAGGACAGCUGGGACUGGCUCAACAACUAGAUCUGACGUGAG